AUGGGUACCCCCAGCCUUGGUGCUGACUCACUGAUCGAUCAGGCUGAGUCCUUCAAGGCAUUUCUCGGCCUCAACCAGCCGGAGCCAGGAGACAGGUUCUUUCUUGUUAUGGGCCUAACAGGAGCUGGCAAGAGCACAUUCAUCUCAAAUUGUACAGGUCAUAACGUCGUUGUAGGCCAUGGACUUUAUUCAUGUACUAACUCCAUUGAUAUUAGCAACGUAUCUCGGUGCUUCAUAUGCGAAUGGCGUACGGAUCAGCGGCAUUAUAACAUUAUAUCCUAUCUCAAACAACCGAAUGGCAGGGUCAAACUUAAGGAGCCUGGCAACCUGAACGCUGUUUCCGGAUUUGCUUCAAAUGAUAAUCUCGCCAUCGUCACCACCAUGUGGCCUGAAUCUUCAAGUUCUAUCGAAAAGACUAUUCUUGAGGAGCGAGAACUCGAGCUGUUAACAAAGUAUGAGUUUUUCGGUGAUCUUGUCAACAGAGGAGCGGCAACGUUUCGCCACUAUGACAGAGGCUACAGUAAAGUAGGCUCAGCACGACGGAUCGUGGAUAGCCUGGCCCGAAAACUAAAUGGCCAUUCGCCGGGUGUGCUUCAAUUACAACGCGAGGUCGUUGAUGAGAAGAAGAAUCUAGGGGAAACAACGGCAGGAAUAGCGGCCGCCGAGUACCUAUACAAAGCUCGCCUAGAACAUGACAAUCAUCUCAAACAACUGAACACCGAGCUAGAAAGAACUUCUACAGGUUCAGAUGAGGAAUAUUAUCUUCAAUUACUGGAGCUGAAGGCUGAAGUGGAUAAAGAAAUCCAACAGACGGAGCAAGGUCGUCAAGCGUUGGUCAAGACCAUGGUAGAUCUACAUCAGACCGAGACAAAAUCGCUGAAGCAGCGGAUUUCCAACCUGCAAAGCCAGUUUGAAGCUGAAGUGCAAAACAAUGAGAUGAUGUUGCGAGACGUGCAAGAGUCUUAUGAUGCGCUUCAAAAGGAGGUAGCUCGUCUCACAAAUCACCCGCAGCAGCAACAACUUGUCGCACGUCGUACCAAACCCCAUCAAAAGGCUCUUCGAAAGGCCCAGAAAGAUGCUGAGAAAAGCCGUAGGGACCACCAGAGGGUUCAAGAGUAUACCAAGGAGAUUGUUGGUGGUGUUAUGAACGGGAUAGCUGCAAGUGCAGUUGCUGGUGGGAAGGCUCAGGAUGGUGGGCAAGAGAAGAAAUACUGA